AUGGAUUUAUUUUUCACGAAAUAUCUACCAUUUUUAUACUUUAUUUUUUCCUCACUUUUAUUCAAUAAAAUUCAUUCAGAAAUUAUUGUUAAUAAUGAAAUAUCAAGAAGAUAUGGACACACAGCAACCUACAUAUAUUCAUUAAACAAAAUUUAUUGUAUCGGCGGUAAAACUGAACAAGGUGCUAUCGUCAGCGAUGUGCUUUCUUUGGAUCUAGCCUCAAGUUUGACCAUAGAAUCAGCGGAUUUUGAAAACUUAACGGUAUCCGGGAAUGUCAUUCCGUCACUAGCUUGGGCAGCUUCGGCUGCUAAUAAGACACACUUGUUUUUGUAUGGUGGCAUAAAGUAUGAUCAAAUGCAAAAUAUUUAUGAGAUGAAUUCCGAUAUUUACGCAUUAAAUGUGGAGGGAUAUCAAUGGACAACUUUAAACAUUUCAGGCUCUAAUAAGAAUAAAAUACAACAAAGACGUGGAAUAUCUAUGGUACUCGACUCUAGCAACAGAUUAUAUAUUUUCGGCGGAUCUACCGAUACAAAUGAUUCUCAAAACUUGACCGCAAUUGCUGAUAACAACAUGUACAUUUUGCACGUGGACUCCAUGAUCUUGAAUUUAGUUUCUCCAAAUUCAUAUCUUCUUCCACCGAAUCGAUACGAUUAUUCAGCAACCUUGUUGGAUAUUUAUAUUGUGUACGUGGGUGGUAAAACGGAGGCUGGUUCUUUUAUUGGGAUGGAUGAAAUAUGGAUGUUCGAUACAAAUAACUCACAAUGGAAGCAUGCUAGCGCAAACAAUUCACAAAAUGUGCCAAAUCGCGCUGGACACACUGCAGUAAAACUAAAUAACGGACCAAACAAAAUCCUAAUAUACGGUGGUUACAACACCAAUUCUACGGAGAUCACAAACAACAAUGCGAUCGUAAUUUUGAAUACGCUAGACUUUACAAGCUUUACUUGGUCAAUUCCAACAAUCACUUUUCAAGAUCCAUAUUUACAGAAUUUGUCUAUACCUUAUUGGCAUGCUGCGAUAACUUAUGGAAAUUAUAUGAUUGUCACGUUUGGUAAAUUACCACCAGACGCACUUUCAAGACUACCUUCAAACAAUACUUACCCACCGCUCCUCCUCCUCAACGCUACAAAAGAAAAUAACAUGCAAUGGAUGACAUCUACAGGCGGGCAACCAUUACCAUUUGCUCCACCUGAUAAUUCAAUUGGGAAUCCAGCAAAAAAUCAGACAACUAAUGGAACAAAUAGUGUCGAUCAACAACAGUAUGAUAAUACUGCUGCUAAAACUAUAAUUGGAGCCAUAAUAGGAGGAGUUUUAUGUGUUGCACUAUUACUUUUCCUUUUAUUCAAAGUACACUCUCGGGCAAUAGAUCGAAAAGAGGAGGAAAAAGACGAGGCACAACCUAAUAUAACUUUACAACAGCAAACUGUCCAUUACCCUGCUAUUCGUUUCAUUUCAUCACCACCUGGAUAUUCUUAA